AUGGACACAAGUUCAGUGGGAGGAUUAGAAUUGACUGAUCAGACUCCUGUUUUAUUAGGGAGUACGGCCAUGGCAACUAGUCUCACAAAUGUAGGAAAUUCAUUUAGUGGUCCGACUAAUCCUUUGGUGUCUAGAUCUAAUAAAUUUCAAAAUUCAUCUGUGGAAGAUGAUGAUGAUGUUGUUUUUAUCGAACCUGUACAACCUCCCCCACCUUUUGCACCAGUGGUAUCCGAUCAAAGAACCAUAACAUUUGCAUCAUCAAAAAAUGAAGAACUACAAGGAAAUGAUUCCAAAAUUCUCCCUCCCUCAAAAGAGUUGGCAUCUCAGAAGGGAAGUGUAAGUGAGACAAUUGUCAUUGAUGAUGAAGAGGACAUGGAAACAAAUCAAGGGCAAGAGAAAAAUUCCUCCAAUUUUAUUGAACGGAGACCUUCUGAGACUAAAAACAGAACCAAUGAUGUGGAUUUCUCCACUUCCAGUUUUUCAAGAAGUAAGGUAAAUGCAGCAAUGGGUAAUAGUGGUAUCACCACAGAACCAGACUCUGAAAUUCAGAUUGCUAAUGUUACAACCUUAGAAACAGGUGUAAGCUCUGUGAAUGAUGGCCAAUUAGAAAAUACUGACGGGCGAGAUAUGAACUUAAUGAUUACACAUGUAACAUCACUGCAGAAUACCAACUUGGGAGAUGUCUCUAACGGACUGCAGUCAAGUAAUUUUGGUGUUAAUAUACAAACAUACACCCCAUCUUUAACUUCACAGACCAAGACUGGAGUAGGACCUUUUAAUCCUGGUAGAAUGAAUGUGGCAGGAGACGUAUUUCAGAAUGGAGAAUCUGCAACUCAUCAUAAUCCUGAUUCCUGGAUCUCUCAGUCAGCUUCAUUUCCCCGUAAUCAGAAACAACCAGGGGUGGAUUCUUUGUCACCAGUGGCCUCGCUUCCUAAACAGAUUUUCCAGCCUUCUGCCCAACAGCAACCCACUAAACCAGUUAAAGUCACUUGUGCAAACUGCAAAAAACCUUUACAGAAGGGACAGACAGCUUAUCAACGAAAAGGAUCAGCUCACCUCUUUUGUUCUACCACCUGCCUUUCUUCCUUCUCUCACAAGCCUGCUCCAAAGAAACUCUGUGUUAUGUGUAAAAAAGAUAUAACCACAAUGAAAGGAACCAUUGUUGCUCAAGUGGAUUCAAGUGAGUCCUUCCAGGAAUUCUGUAGUACAUCUUGUUUGUCCCUCUAUGAAGACAAACAGAAUCCUACUAAAGGAGCUCUAAAUAAAUCAAGAUGUACAAUCUGUGGUAAACUAACAGAGAUUCGCCAUGAAGUUAGCUUUAAAAAUAUGACUCAUAAACUGUGCAGUGACCACUGCUUUAAUAGAUAUAGAAUGGCCAAUGGUCUAAUAAUGAAUUGCUGUGAACAGUGUGGAGAGUACUUGCCCAGUAAAGGUGCUGGAAACAAUGUUCUGGUGAUUGACGGUCAGCAGAAAAGAUUUUGCUGUCAAAGUUGUGUGAGUGAAUACAAACAGGUAGGUAGCCAUCCAAGCUUCCUGAAGGAGGUUCGAGAUCACAUGCAGGACUCUUUCUUAAUGCAGCCUGAGAAAUAUGGAAAACUGACAACUUGCACUGGUUGCCGAACACAGUGCAGAUUUUUUGAUAUGACUCAGUGUAUAGGUCCUAAUGGAUAUAUGGAGCCAUAUUGUUCAACUGCUUGUAUGAACAGUCACAAGACAAAAUAUGCAAAAUCACAAAGUUUGGGAAUUAUUUGCCAUUUUUGUAAGCGAAACUCUUUACCUCAAUACCAAGCCACAAUGCCUGAUGGAAAACUGUAUAACUUUUGCAAUUCCAGUUGUGUGGCUAAAUUUCAGGCUCUAAGUAUGCAGUCAUCUCCAAAUGGCCAAUUUGUAGCACCAAGUGAUAUUCAGCUGAAAUGCAACUACUGCAAAAAUUCCUUUUGUUCAAAACCAGAAAUCCUGGAAUGGGAGAACAAAGUGCAUCAGUUCUGCAGCAAAACUUGUUCAGAUGACUAUAAGAAGUUGCAUUGCAUAGUUACAUAUUGCGAAUACUGUCAAGAGGAGAAGACUCUUCAUGAAACAGUAAAUUUCUCUGGCGUUAAGAGACCUUUCUGUAGUGAAGGUUGCAAAUUAUUGUACAAACAGGAUUUUGCAAGACGUUUAGGAUUGAGAUGUGUUACUUGCAACUAUUGUUCUCAGCUGUGUAAGAAGGGAGCAACUAAAGAACUUGAUGGUGUCGUGAGAGAUUUCUGCAGUGAUGACUGCUGUAAAAAAUUUCAGGAUUGGUAUUACAAGGCUGCAAGAUGUGACUGUUGUAAAUCUCAAGGAACUCUUAAAGAGCGAGUGCAGUGGCGUGGGGAAAUGAAACAUUUCUGUGAUCAGCAUUGCUUAUUACGUUUCUACUGUCAGCAAAACGAGCCCAAUAUGACAACUCAGAAAGGACCCGAAAACUUACAUUAUGAUCAGGGUUGUCAGACAUCCCGAACCAAAAUGACAGGUUCAGCACCACCCCCUUCUCCAACACCUAACAAAGAGAUGAAGAACAAAGCAGUUCUUUGCAAACCUUUAACAAUGACAAAAGCUACUUAUUGUAAACCUCACAUGCAGACCAAAUCUUGUCAGACAGAUGAUAAUUGGAAGACAGAGUAUGUUCCAGUGCCUAUCCCUGUGCCUGUGUAUAUCCCAGUACCUAUGCACAUGUACAGCCAGAAUAUUCCUGUUCCUACUACAGUUCCUGUUCCUGUGCCAGUUCCUGUUUUUCUGCCUGCUCCACUGGACAGCAGUGAGAAGAUCCCUGCAGCAAUUGAGGAGCUAAAAAGCAAAGUUUCUUCAGAUCCUCUUGAUACAGAGCUGCUUACAAUGACAGAUAUGAUGACUGAAGAUGAGGGGAAAACAGAGACCACCAAUGUUAAUAGUGUAAUUAUUGAGACAGAUAUAAUUGGUUCAGAUCUCUUGAAGAACCCUGACCCAGAGACACAGUCCAACAUGCCUGAUGUACCCUAUGAACCAGAUUUGGACAUUGAGAUAGAUUUUCCCAGAGGUACUCAAAAUGCUACUUUGUGGUUAUGGAAUGUAGUUACGGAGUCAUACUGUGGUUAUGAGCAUCUACCACUAAUGUUCAUGUCAUUGCCUUUAGUGUUCAUAUCUGUUGGAGCCAAGAGAAAAGCUGUAUCAGGAUACCAGUCUCAUGAUGAUAGUUCUGACAAUUCAGAGUGCAGCUUUCCUUUCAAAUAUACAUACGGUGUAAAUGCGUGGAAACACUGGGUAAAAACUAGGCAACUUGAUGAAGAUCUUCUGGUAUUAGAUGAGCUAAAAUCUCCUAAAUCAGUAAAGUUAAAAGAAGAUCUACUCUCUCACACCACAGCUGAGCUUAACUAUGGGUUAGCUCAUUUUGUUAAUGAGAUCCGACGGCCAAAUGGAGAGAACUAUGCACCUGACAGCAUCUAUUAUCUUUGCCUUGGAAUACAAGAGUACUUGUAUGGUAGUAAUCGAAAAGACAACAUAUUUAUUGAUCCAGGAUACCAGACAUUUGAGCAAGAAUUGAAUAAAAUACUCCGAAGUUGGCAACCAAGCAUACUUCCAGAUGGGUCAAUAUUCUCUCGAGUUGAAGAAGACUAUCUCUGGAGGAUAAAACAACUAGGAUCACACUCUCCAGUAGCUCUUCUGAAUACACUGUUCUACUUUAACACUAAGUAUUUUGGCCUGAAAACAGUGGAACAACACUUAAGACUUUCCUUUGGCACUGUGUUUAGGCAUUGGAAAAAAAAUCCUUUAACAAUGGAAAACAAAGCGUGUCUUCGAUACCAAGUGUCUUCCUUAUGUGGAACAGAUAAUGAAGAUAAAAUUACUACUGGAAAAAGAAAACAUGAAGAUGAUGAGCCAGUAUUUGAACAAAUUGAAAACACAGCCAAUCCUUCUAGAUGUCCUGUGAAAAUGUUUGAAUGCUACUUGUCUAAAAGUCCACAGAAUCUUAAUCAGAGAAUGGAUGUUUUUUAUUUGCAACCAGAAUGCUCUAGUUCUACAGAUAGCCCUAUCUGGUACACAUCUACUUCACUGGACCGAAACACCUUGGAAAAUAUGCUCGUACGGGUUCUUCUAGUAAAAGAUAUUUAUGAUAAAGACAAUUAUGAACUGGAUGAAGACACAGACUAAAAAGGAACAUUUCAGAAGCAAUCGGGAUAAAACAGCAUUAGAUAGUCAUGCUGCUAGAUCUUUAUUAUGGAAAACAUUUCAAGUUUACUCCUUCUGUUUCGAGUUUUGUAGCAGUGUACCCACACUGGGUAUUACCAUGUAAAUAAUCUGUGAGUGAAAGUUGCCAUUAUUCUAUGUAGUGGUUUUAGGAUACUUAACAAAUACAUUCAAAUUCUUUUUUUAUUAUUAUUUAUUUGAUU